GUGUACGAGAGAGCUAAUUGAGUGCACUCUAAUUUAAUUAAGUUCAUGAAAGACUAGAGCGGAACCAGUCGUUUCUCUCCAUUUUGUGAAUGGAUUCAGCUUURAGAAAGAACUGUUAUAGAAUGGAUCUAAAGGAGCCUGUCCCAGACYCCCGAAAGCGCGCCAAAUCACAGCCAAACAUUCAACCACUGGCAAAAGAAACCAAAAGAAACCAAAGAAACACUCACAAGAAAAUAGAUGAUAUUCCUCUUGAAAAAGACGCUAGCUCAUCACCCCCAGUCCCCUCCAUACUGUUAGAAGGAGAAGUACUGGACGUAGACCCAGAUGUUCCCGAAAUUCACCGCGUGGUCAUAGCAGGAAAUUUAGAACGUCUAAAAGAGUUGAUAGAAUCUGGGGAGAGUGUAAAUACCCCUGAUUUAGACGGGUGGCCGCCCCUGCAUGCGGCAAUUAAGAGCAGAAAUUACGAUUGUGCGCAGCUGUUGAUCAAACAUGGUGCAACUGACUUUUUUGARAGACAAAAGGAAGAAUAUCUAACCAGACAUAAUCUAUCGGCUAGAAUUACUAAAGGGAGACUCAUGUCAUUCUAGAAUCGAGGACUCCAAGUCUUAAAGUUUGGCAAUGGACGAUUUCCGAAUUGCGCAGGUCAAUUGAAUAUCGCGCCAAAAAUUAGCGUUAUGAAGCUCUCUAAAUUUUUACCACAGAUACCUCGUUUUCAUGUGCACAUCUGCGAUAUCUUUUCACGGCGCUUUGUAUUUCGGAAAUCGUCUAUUGGAAAACUGGUAYUUGAAGAAAAUUCCCACAAAGUCCUGGAUAAAAAAAUUAAAACUAUAAAUAGAAUUUUGUAGAGUAGAAAAUAACGCAAAAAUCUGCAUGUUUCACAAAGUGAUAAAAAGAAAUAAUGCAAUUCUAACAGUCAAAACAACUUUUUUUAAUGUGUGUUGUGAUUGACCGUUCUCUAGGCUUAAUUUCACUUUUAAACACUGCUAGCAAUCCAAGAUGGCGGUCAUACCACAUGAUUGUAUAAACCGCUGGUCGCAAAUACUUAGGUAAGGGCACAGAGAGCCCAACAUUAACAAACCAAUAUUACAACAUUGCGGUCUCUUACAUUGUGGUCACGUUUCUAGUAAAACUAAAAGCCCCUCRUUGAAUUACAUUCAAUGUGGUCGCGCUUCGAGAUUAUUAAUAUAAGGAAAAAAUGAUAAUGCUGCAUAUUCAACUCCUUAUUCAAAUGAUUUUGCUUUUUUUUCUAGUGUUUUUCUUGUUUUGUUGUUGUUGUUGUUGUUGUUGCUGUUGUUGUUGUUGUUUUUGCUUCUUGUUUUGUCUUGUUAAAGAUUUUUACCUGGCUUCGCAUGGUUCGAAGCAAGCAAGGAAGUUAUAAAGCAUACAAAAAAUAUAAAUAAAAUUAAAUAAA